CUCACGAUCAAAAUCAACAUCCAUAAGCUGAAUGCGCCGAGACGUGUUCAACAGUUUGACCCCUCAUUACAGUAGUUUCGUACCACAGAGCUGUUAGGGUGGCUUGUGUAGACUUUCCCCCUGCUGCAUGGCACGCCUCAUCACGUCCUAUCUGUUGGGCCAAUGAUAAAUGACUGCCGCAUUUUUCGGAUUUUGAUAAGUAUUUUUUGGGCAGAAACUUUAUAAAAAUGUAGUUUUGUGAUUUGACUCCGAUCUAUCUAUUAUUUGUAGAUACCUGAUAUAUUGAACGAGUAGUUUUUGAAGUUUUUUUGCAAAGGCAUUAUUGUUUCCUGGAGUUGGAUUUUAUAUUUGUUGUUCAAAACUUUUAGCGUUUUUUUUAUGUCAGCGGGAUGCUAUGAGUAGGCAAUUAGAGUGCGACCUGCAACUAGCAAAACAUUUUGCGUUGAAUAUCUUUUUCCCCCCAGUUGAGUUCCACUUUGUAGUUAAAUUUUAUUUCAUAAUUUCCUGGCGGUGUUCAUCUUCGUGAGCGUCCCUCGGAUCCUUGACGCACAACUGCGUUAUAUACAGUACCAUGCUGCGGAGAGUUGCUCCUGCGAGUUUGGUUUACAGAAGCACCUACCAUUUUUCGCGUCGUUGUGUUGCAACAUGGACACCACUAGCCGCCACUUUCAACAGAAAACCCCAGAAGAAGCUUUCGUUUGCGUUUAAUAAAGAACGGAAGGGUAUUUUUGGAUAUCCACAAUUGUCACAUGCGCAAGGUUUUUAUCUCCUUAAAGAGCAGGCGGAAAUCGAUACAGAACGAUUAGUGCGCGAAGUUACGGAUACGAAGCGCAGCAGGAAUGUUGUGGAAAUAUUUGAUGAAUUGUCGGAUGUGCUGUGCCGGGUUGCCGAUAUGGCUGAAUGCGUGCGAGUACUGCAUACAGAUUCCGAAUUUACAAGUGCAGCGGAGUCAGCGAAUUCCGAUAUGAACGGUCUCGUUGAAGAAUUGAACACUAAUCGGCCGAUUUUCGAUGCACUCAAGAAUGCCGUCGAAAAGGGCGAUAUUAAACCAAUGGAUGCCGUUGAUCUUCACGUUGCGAAACUGUUUUUACUCGAUUUCGAACAAUGCGGAAUACAUCUGGAGGAAGACAAAAGGCGGAAAGUUGUUGAGCUUAAUGCGAGAAUUCUCGCGGCAGGGACAACUUUUAUGAAGAGAUGUCAAGAACCACGUUAUAUUAAGUCGAAUUUGGUACCGGAAUCAAUACACAACUAUUUCCACAAAGAUCAUGACAGUUUGAUUGUACACAAUUUGAUGUCGGACUCUUCUAAUGACAUGGUUCGAGAAGCGGCUUAUAAAGUGUAUCUCGCACCGGAUAAAUAUCAAAGUGAGCCUUUGCAAGAAAUGAUCUAUCGUCGCUACCAGCUAGCCCGGCUUGUAGGAUUCGAUUCCUAUUCUGCUCGCGCAAACCGCGGUUCCAUUUUCGAAAAUACCGCGAAAAUAUCAACAUUUCUUGAGGACUUAUCGAAAAAACUAGCGCCCUUGGCUAAGGAUGAUCUCAGUUUAAUGCUAGACAUUAAACGGAUCGAAGAGCCUGGAGCAACUUCGGUGUAUGCCUGGGAUACGGCUUAUUUAAUGUCGCAAGCCAGGCAAAGAAGAGCUGAAAUCAAUCUCAGUGAAUUAUCGCCUUACUUCCCCCUUGGUGCUUGCGUGGAAGGACUGAAUCAGCUGUUUGAUUCGAUAUUCGAUGUACAUUUUGUCAUCGAAGAUCCAGCAUCUGAAGAUCUGUGGUCUAGUGAUGUUUACAAACUGUCUGUGCGAAAUCGCGAAGAGGAAGUUCUCGGAUUUAUAUACUGUGAUUUUUAUGAAAGACCAGAGAAACCCCACCAAGACUGCCAUUUCACUAUUCGUUGUGGGCGACAACUGCCUGAUGGGUCUUAUCAGCUUCCUGUUGUGGUGCUGUCUUUGAACUUCACUCCCCCGACAGCAAGUGGACCGUGUCUAUUACAGUUCUGGCAGAUCGACAAUUUAUUUCACGAAAUGGGUCAUGCUAUGCAUUCGAUGCUUGGGAGGACACGCUAUCAACAUGUAACAGGUACACGUUGUUCCACUGACUUCGCCGAGAUUCCUUCCUCAUUAAUGGAGCAAUUUGCGGCUGAUGGGAGGGUUUUGUCUCGGAUAAGUCGUCAUUAUCAGACCGGCGCUUCCCUGUCAGAAUCGGCUUUGAAUAAGCUAAGUGCCUCCCGCCGAGUCUGCUCAGCUACGGAGCAUCAACUGCAAACCUUUUACGCCAUACUAGAUCAGAAAUACCACGGAUCGAGUGGGAACCUGGACACAACUGAAGUUUAUGCACGUCUCCACGAUGACCACGUGGCGGUUAAAUAUGUUCCUAAUACGGCUUGGCAGUUACGGUUUGGCCAUUUGUUUGGGUAUGGAGCUCGUUAUUAUUCAUAUCUUCUGGCUCGUUCUGUGGCCUCUGAUAUCUGGCAGAAAGUAUUCAACGAUCCAUAUAGUCGAACUGCUGGUCAUCGUUUGCGCGAUAAAUUGUUGUGUCAUGGUGGCGGUCAGCCUCCCUUAACACUCAUUUCCGAUCUGUUGGACCAUAAACCAAGUACCAAUGAAUUAGUGGACGCUUUAAUAGACAUGGCAAAAUCUUGACGUUUUUGUUUAAUUGUUGUGAAUUUAAUGUACUAGGUGCGUUAUGUAGAAAUGAGUUUUAUUUGCACUCCUGGUGAAUAUUUUCUAUUAUAGGAUGGAAAUUUAUAAUUAUCUCGCACGUUGUUGUAGUUGACGUGAAAAUAUUACAAUCAGGGAUUUGAUGUAUGUGUAUAGUCCACUUGCGAAAUUGCUUGUUGUAACCAGUAAUGGGAUAAUUUUUAUACGUUGAAGAACCGUGGUACGUGGAUGAUUUCUGUUCUCCGGCGAUGGCAAAAGCAGCCAGAU